AUGGUCUUCGCCUCACUCCUUUUCCUCAUUUCCAUAACCAUCUUUUCCAUUAUCCUAAACUAUUCCGGACGAUUAUUAAGGAAAAAUCUCAAAAUCGCCAGAGAUCGAGUAGACUCCCUCAGAAAAACUCUCAACAAUCAGAAUGCAACUGAUAAGAGUUUGGAAUCGAGUUUACAAAUGAAAAAGAAGGCACUUCGAAAUGCAACUCUUUUACAAUAUGGAAUUACAAUUUCAAUGAUUAUUCAGUUUUGUGGGUUUGUGUUCAUUCCAUUUUCAUUGUUGUGGCCCUACUGCACGGUGAUUUUUCAUGGGUUUUAUAAUAUUGGAUAUGUUUGUUUAGUUUGCUUUCUAUUAGCAAUUUAUUCGCCACUUUAUCAAGUUCAAACUAUGUUUAGAAGGAUGAGUGUUUCGUCUCAGAAAAAGGAAUCUCCAAGAGCUGCUGUUAGUGUCGAAAGUGGUCCAAUAAGUCAAGAAUUAGAAACUGGAGCUCCAGUCAAUCGAUCCAUUAAUGAAAUGAUUUCAGAAAUGAGAGAUUUCAAGGCGAAGGAUAAGUCAAAUGUGGAUGAAUCAUACACAUGUGUUGAAAUUGUUGUGGAAGAUGAGCAACAAGUUUGA